GAUUGUCUCAGUAUUAUAUCAUGAUCUGCCUCUACAAAAGAUUUGUUGCGAGUCUCGGGUUACAAGUGUCAGCUGAUGUGAAGCAAAAUAUUUGAUUAAGUAACCCCCUACCUUAUUCAUCAUCCCUCGAGAAGCCUUCAUCGAAAGUUCUUACCACCUCCAGUCGCACCAAUGGCAUAUACCAACCCCCCUCCAACUCCCUCCUCGCAUCUCUUGUCACUACCUGUCGAGCUCUUGAGAUUUGUAAUCCUUUAUAUGGACUUACCCGCCAUCAAGUCCACCCGUUUGACUUGCAAGUUGCUGUCCCUUCUCAGUACACCAUACCUCAUCCCUCCCAAGUUCCAUGGCUUCGCCCAUCGUCCCGAUUUCAAUCGUCUUCUCCAACUAUGCCGUCAUCCAACCUUUUCCUCUUGUAUUCAAUCUAUCGAGCUCAAUCUUGGCGACAUCGAUGAAUUUCAUGCAAGGCAUAAUGCAUAUAUCUUCAGUCCCGAAACUCGUGCCGAACUAGCUGAAGAAGCUUGGUUUCGAUAUUCAAGUCUCAAGUUCCUGAGAGACGAACACAGCUCUCGAACGUGUGAUCCAGAUAUACUUUCUGAAGUCUUCCGUUCUCUGCCUAAUUUAUCAGCCUUGUCUGUGUCUAUGGUCAAUUUCCCCUUACCCUAUGAACCGGCACUCUCUCUACUAGCAUCGGUUUGGAGAGUUCCUUCGACGAGAUUGCUGCACAGAGACUUGACCAAGGAGCGUUUUACCACCAUUCUAUUUUCACUACUUCACAGUGUUGAGGCUCUGAAGCUCAGAAAACUGUCUCAUGAUUGCUUACCAUUCGAGUUUUUCGCGCAGAACAAGGUUCUAUUCGAGUCUAUAACACCUAUUUUUAGCAAUCUCACAGAUUUACGCUUGGCUCUGGAUUAUAGCGGUAUACCUGAUGACUUUAACUCCGAAGAAGCAUUUGCAAACAUCGCUAUAUGUUUGAAGGCUGCUACGAAUUUGGAGAAUUUCUAUGGGUGCUUUCAAUCAAGGCGUAAGAUUAAUAUUACACCACUGCUUGAGGAUCUUGUGUCAAAAUCCGACAAACAGAAACAUUUUUUACCUCGCCUUCGAAGCCUACAUAUAGAAGGCGUGUCAAGUAGAUUCCUUGCCCUAGAAAGCUUUCUUAUAUCGUUAUCGUCUACUCUCGAAGUAAUAGAGUUUGGAGGGGAUGGAUGCCAUGAGCCCAAUCAAUUGUCUAACGGAGGGGUACAUUUACUGGAUGGGAAGUUUCGAAGGUUGUUUGAGAAUGUGGAGAAAGCUAUUGGAGGCCCAUUGGCGAGAUUUGUUGUUAGGGGCGACUUAGUGGAAGUCGAGGGUGGGGGUUCUUGGUUCCUCAACAGGGAAGUUGGAUGGCAUGGGGCUAUGGAUUGAGAUAGGAUUGGGGAGUCAAUAAGAAAGUGCAAGAUUAGCAAUUGCUUUAGUACUCACGAACUUCGCCGUUACGUACCCAGAAGCGGUCUCGGAAAACACCAGCCCGAAGAGACUACAUAAUGCUUCAUGCACUGCCAAUGCUAGGACACGGCUCUCAGUUGACAAUCCUCUGUGGUUUGGUUCGUCUUUUCCUGCUUCCGCGCCCACUACAGAUGAGGACCUAAAGACUUCGACACGGUUAGCCAAAUCACCCAUGCUUAUGGUACAUCUCUGACUUCUAUCAUCGGAUGUGUUAUGGAUGUUAUAAAAUCUGUGCGUAGAUUACACAUCUAGUUAUCGUCACUGAUGUGUGGGAAGGGAAUGCGUGAGUUGGGGGAAAAGGGGAUAUUUAAAGAGGAAAUUUUCUAUCGGAUACCACUAUUUCGCGUUGCCAUUGUGGAUAUAAGUUACAUCAUCAAAUCGUCGCCGAAUCCUUGGCCCUGAGUGCCGUCGCGCCAAUAUGAGCAUGAGAAUGAGCAAUCAAAAGACAUGGCGUUAUUUGUUUUGGCGUCACCUCUUCUUUAAUGAAGUGGUGAUACUUUGAUCGAGGCACCGAGAUUGACUCAAUAAUUGAGGGUAGCCAAAAUGGAUACUGUCAGCUCGAGUAAUACCUCAUCCAGAAAUACUUUUUAAAAGCUGAUAUUCUAGACUUGUUGGUUUGUGUUGUAGUGGAUAAGAUUUUUAUGUUAUUUUCCCAGUCUGAUUUGGCAAAGUAUAGAAGUAAUGUUCUAGAAGUUUCAUAUAAAAGUAGAGGUUGGAAAUCAAGGUUAUGUAUUUAUAGAUAUGCUUCAAUAUAGAGACUUUAAGAUGUAUGCGCGCGAAUUUGAUUCUAAUUCGCAUAGCACUCUACAUCAGGGGCUUUUGAACCCAAACCACACACUGUAUAUUCUAUAGGUAGAGCACGAGGGAAAAAUAGUAGUAGUGCGAAGAAAGUGUCAAUCCCAUCUAUCUUUCGAUCCAAGGUCAAUUAGCAAAGAAUGCACUACA